AUGAAUACUGAAGAGGAUGUGGUUGUAGGUCCAAUCUCUGGAAUGCGAUUUAGAGAUAAAGAUUCUUUGUUUGCAUUCUACAAAGAACAUGCACGAAUGAAAGGAUUCUCCGUCGUCAAAAGAAAUUCCAACAAGAAGGGUGGUGACACUGCCAGGAACAUAACUUACUGUUGUGAUAGGGCUAGGAUUCGCAAAACCAAGUUUACCACCAAGAGUAACAAUUGUAAAGCUAGGCUCGCUGUUGUUUUGGAUGAUUUUGGUUGUUGGCGCGUCUCUAAGGUCGUUCACGAUCACAAUCAUGAUUUGCUCCCAUCCAUAUCGCGCCUGAUGGCUGGACAUAGGUCCGUUUGUGGUUGUUUGAAGAAGGAUAUCGUAGCUCACAAUCGAUCUGGCAUUAGACCCUCCAAGAAUAUUAGACUUGCUGAGGUUCAACGUAGUGGACCGCAAAAUUUGGGUUGCACUCCAAAGUAUUGUAGAAACUUUAUUUUAAAGAGUAGAAAUUCUGAAAUGCAAGAAGGGGACGCACAGUUGCUGCUCAACUUUUUUCGUGAAAUGCAGGUAAAGGAUAGGGAUUUUUUCUAUUCAAUAGACGUUGAUAAUAUUGGUAGACUGCGAAAUGUGGUAUGGGUGCAUUCACACUGUAAGGCAGUAUAUGAGCAAUUCCAUGAUGCGAUAUGCUUUGAUACGAUGUACCUUGUGAAUCGAUAUAAUAUGCCAUGUGCUACAUUUGUUGGCAUCAAUCAUCAUAGACAGUCCAUCUUACUGGGAUGUGCUCUCAUGUCUCAUGAAGAUAUCGAUAGUUACAAAUUAGUUUUUAGAACUUGGCUUGAGGCCAUGGGAAAUGUCCAUCCAGAUGCGAUCAUAACUGAUCAGUGUUAG